AUGGUUCAUGAGGCUGGUGUUUGUAGAGUGUGGUGUGGAACUUGUGACGACCAGAUUCGGAAGAGUGCGUCCACCCAGCUAAAGCAGGCACGUGAGAAUGUUACUGGGUCUCCUCACCUGAUCCUUGUUGUUCACUGUUUUGCUCCUCCUUCCUGUCAGGCGGAACGUUACCAGCGUCUGAAGGAUGAACUGGCCCGCGCGCAGGUCCAGCUGCAGCUCUUCAAGCUCUACCACAACGAAUCAGAGAUCGAGCGGUUGAGCAAAGACCUCACCUCCCGCAAUAAGGAGAUCGAGAAGGACAAGAAACGCAUGGACAAGGUGGAGGAGGAGAUGAAGGUGCAGAAGAAGGAAGUUGGCAAGCUGAUCAGGGAGCAGCAGCAGAUCGAGAAGGAAAUUAAGGAGAAGGACGCGGAAUUGAACCAGAAACGACCGCAGUACAUCAAGGCCAAGGAGAACACGUCGCACAAGAUCAAGAAGCUGGAGUCCGCCAAGAAGUCACUGCAGAACGCGCAGAAGCAGUACAAGAAGCGCAAGGCGGACAUGGACGAGUUGGAUCAGGAGAUGCUGUCAGUGGAGAAGGCCCGGCAGGAGUUUGAGGAGCGCAUGGAGGAGGAGAGCCAGAGCGAAGGACGGGAUCUACAGCUUGAGGAGAACCAGGUGAAGAAGUACCACCGGCUGAAGGAGGAGGCCAGCAAGCGAGCAGCCACCCUAGCUCAGGAGCUGGAGAAGUUCAACCGGGAUCAGAAGGCUGACCAGGACCGGCUGGACUUGGAGGAGAGGAAGAAAGUGGAGACAGAGGCCAAAAUCAAGCAGAAGGUCCGAGAGAUUGAAGAGAAUCAGAAGAGGAUUGAGAAGUUGGAAGAUUACAUCAACACCAGCAAGCAGUCGCUGGAGGAGCAGCAGGCGCAGGAGGCCAAGCUGACCGAGGAGGUGGAGGCAGCGAAACGGCGCAUCGAUGAGAUUAACAUGGAGCUGAAUCAGGUCAUGGAACAGCUAGGUGAUGCUCGCAUUGACCGGCAGGAGAGCAGUCGCCAGCAGCGUAAGGCGGAGAUCAUGGAGAGCAUUAAACGCCUCUACCCAGGCUCUGUGUAUGGCCGUCUGAUUGAUCUGUGUCAGCCCACACAGAAGAAAUAUCAGAUUGCUGUCACCAAGGUACUCGGGAAAAACAUGGACGCCAUUAUUGUGGACACGGAGAAGACUGGCAGGGACUGCAUCCAAUACAUCAAGGAGCAGCGGGGGGAGCCGGAGACCUUCCUGCCUCUUGACUACCUAGAGGUAAAGCCCACUGAUGAGAAGCUCCGGGAGCUGCGGGGGGCUAAACUGGUGAUCGAUGUCAUCCGUUACGAGCCACCACACAUUAAGAAAGCUCUACAGUACGCCUGUGGGAAUGCACUCGUGUGCGACAAUGUGGAGGAUGCCAGGAGAAUCGCUUUUGGGGGUCCGCAGAGGCACAAGACCGUUGCCUUGGAUGGAACCCUGUUCCAGAAAUCCGGUGUGAUAUCAGGCGGUGCUAGUGACCUGAAGGCCAAGGCCCGUCGCUGGGAUGAGAAGGCGGUUGAGAAGCUGAAGAGCAAGAAGGAAAAGCUGACCGAAGAGCUGAAGGAGCAAAUGAAGAUAAAACGGAAGGAGGCCGAACUGCGGCAGGUGCAGUCGCAGGCUCACGGGCUCCAGAUGAGAUUGAAGUAUUCACAGAGUGACCUGGAUCAGACCAAAACCCGACAUCUUUCACUGAACAUGCAGGAGAAAUCCAAGCUGGAGAGUGAGCUGGCAAACUUUGGACCGAAAAUAAAUGACAUCAAACGCACAGUGCAGGCCCGGGACCGUGAGAUGAAGGAGCUGAAAGAGAAGAUGAACCAGGUUGAGGAUGAGGUGUUUGAGGAAUUCUGUCGAGAAAUCGGGGUAAGGAACAUCAGGGAGUUUGAAGAGGAGAAGGUGAAAAGGCAGAACGAGAUAGCCAAGAAGAGACUGGAGUUUGAGAACCAGAAGACAAGACUGGGCAUCCAGCUCGACUACGAGCGGCAACAGCUGAAGGAGGACCAGGAUAAAGUGCACAUGUGGGAACAAACGGUGAAGAAGGACGAGAAUGAGAUUGAAAAACUGAAAAAGGAGGAGCACAGGCACAUGAAGAUCAUUGACGAGACCAUGGCCCAGCUGCAGGACCUGAAGAACCAGCACCUUGCCAAAAAGUCAGAGGUCAACGACAAGAACCACGAGAUGGACGACAUUCGCAAGAAGCUCGGAGGGGCCACCAAGGAGAUGACCCAGCUCCAGAAGGAAGUGACUGCUAUCGAGACCAAACUGGAACAGAAGCGCAGCGACCGGCACAACCUGCUGCAGAGCUGUAAGAUGCAGGACAUCAAGCUGCCCCUGCGCCAGGGGAGCAUGGACGAUAUCAGUCAGGAAGAGGGUGAAUUGCAGUCCGAAGACACGGGAAACAGUUCGCAGAGGACCUCGAAUGUGUGCGCACGGGAGGCCAUGAUUGAGAUAGAUUACAGCGAGCUGUCCGAGGAUCUGAAGGAUACGUUAGCAGAAGACGAGGUCAAGAUAGAGUUGAACAGCCUGCAGCAGAAGGUGACAGAGCACCAGAACAUCCUGCAACGGAUUGCUGCACCCAACAUGAAGGCCAUGGAGAAGCUGGAUAGCGUGCGGGAUAAAUUCCAGGAAACCUCAGAAGAGUUUGAGGCGGCAAGGAAACGAGCCAAAAAAGCAAAGCAGGCCUUUGAGCAGAUCAAGAAAGAGCGCUUUGACCGCUUCAACGCCUGUUUCGAAGCCGUGGCCACGAAUAUCGAUGAGAUUUACAAGGCUCUCUCGCGGAACAGUAGCGCGCAGGCAUUCUUGGGCCCGGAGAACCCGGAAGAGCCGUAUCUGGAUGGGAUCAACUACAACUGUGUGGCUCCAGGCAAGCGGUUCAGGCCCAUGGAUAACCUGUCUGGAGGGGAGAAGACAGUGGCGGCCUUGGCGCUGUUGUUUGCCAUCCACAGCUAUAAGCCAGCCCCGUUCUUUGUUCUGGAUGAGAUUGAUGCUGCCCUCGACAAUACAAACAUUGGAAAGGUUGCCAACUACAUCAAGGAGCAGUCCAUGUCUAACUUUCAGGCUGUGGUCAUUUCCCUAAAAGAGGAAUUCUACACCAAGGCUGACGCUCUCAUUGGUGUCUACCCUGAGCAAGGGGACUGCGUCAUCAGCAAAGUGCUGACCUUCGACCUGACUGGGUUCCCAGAGGCUGGCCCAUCACCCAAUGAGUAACCCGUACACAGGGAAGGCGUGCUGGGGUUGGGGAUGAGGAUUGUUGUGGGAGUUUGGGCACGUUGUGCUUCAUUCACCUGGCAGCGUGUAUCAAGCGACUGGUAUUUGUCACAUGGGGUGGGGCUCCAAGCUGCGUUUUCUUUUUUAGUCCCCUCCUCUUUGUGCCGACUUCCCUCCCCUCUCUGUCUGUCUGUCUCUCUCUCUCUCUGUCUGUCUCUGUGUGUGUGUGUCUCUCUCUCCGCAAUCCUUUUGUUGUAUGUCUCAUGUGCGGUGGGCUGGGGUGGGAAAGGAUGCUGCUCAGUGCUUGCCUUUGUCCAUUUGCUCUGUUGAUCGCAAAUCAGAGACUCGAGAGUUUGAGGUCUCUGCCAGCCCCAGUCUUGAUCUGUACAAUCCAGCUCGUCGCUCAUGGCACAGGGGUUCUGUCGUUCAGACAGCCUGUUAAGAAGCUGUGUAAAACCUCCCCUUUCCCCUUCCCCAAGCCCCCACCUCAGGCCAGGCCCCCACCUCAGGCUGGGCCAUCAGUGAACCCAUGAGCCCUAGUCAAAGGAGGAGACGGUCCCUGGGUCCUGCAGGAGGGCGGCUGGUUUUUUUCCCAAAAGGUGCACCAGUUGGGAUUUUUAAAAAUGCAAAUCAGGGUGGCUAGCUGUCCCCUUAAUUUAUUUGUUGGAACGAGACCACAACAGAUGUAAUGAGCUCCACUUGCUGAUUCUCUCGAGGUAAAACAGCUUUGAUUUCUUUGGUUGCCUUGUUUUUUUUUUAUUUUGGAGAAGUGGCAUUUCCGGCUUUGAGCUGUGGGUGUGAAAUCCUAUCCCUGGGGCAGGGGCAGGGUAAUUACUUCACCCUUAACGUCCACCAUCAAAACCAGUGCUUUGGCAUGGCUGGGUAGUCACCUGACAUUUCCGUAGGUAUUAAAGUAUAGGGAAAGGACCAGAGAAACUGAAGGGAAGGGGUGGAAGGAUGAUUUCACCGUUCUCUCUUUGCCCUUUUCAGCAGGGGCUAGAAUCGUGAAAGGGGAACGGAUGUUUUAUUUGGAGAGCCACGCAAGGCAGUGUCCAAGUGGGCAUUGAACGAGUUGGGGGAGAGAGGGGAGCCAUCACUCAGUGUACACUUGACCACCACACCCCCCUCACCUAAGAAAAGGUGUGCAAUCCCGGAGCUGCGCGGGGUCAAGGGACAGGGAACGUUUGGUUUCCAAAUGUUCGGCGCACUCUGGAAGUACCUGUCCAAUGGUCUUGCACCCCUUGCUGUACGUCCCCUCCCACCGCGCAUGCAUAUGCACACACCCCACUCUCCGCUGGCAGGCAAGAACCUCCUUCCGAACGACCUGCCUGACACCAGCGUUGCUGCCCGUGGAGUGUGUCAGGCUUGGGAGUGUUGGUUCCUUCAGGGCAGCUUCUAUUUAUGCAAAUACCCCGCUUUCCCCCCCUCCCACCCCCCCCAAAUAAAAACAGGAAACAGACUCUGUAGCUACCAGCACCUUGUCUUUAUGUGGUCCGUGGCUCCUUCCCAGACUUGGCAGGAAUGCAGAGGAUCUGGGGGUGGCAUCUUUGCUGAAAGAUUGACCUUCCGGUUUGCAGAAAUCCCAACUGGAUUGCUGCAGGAUUCGGGUAUGGUUGGGGGUGGGGGGGGGGGGGGUGUGGAAUGGACACUUUGUGGGGGGGUAUUAUUGUGUUUUUUUUUUAAAAGAUGAAAGACGUAAAAUAUUUGAUAUGUAGCAUGUCAGGAUCACAGCUCGAUUGUUGCUUGCUCGCUGUAGUGUGGCUGGGGCAUCUUUUUAAUGACCUGUUGGAAUUGUUUGUAAUGGUGUUUGGAAAAUAAUUUCCUUUUGCCUUUUAGCAAGAAUCAUGUUAGACUGCAUUUCAUUGUGACAGUGCUGUGCAAAAUCAUGUUUCUGUUUUUUCCUGAGCGCACCAAAUAAAAUGUAUACUUUUAAUUUGA